GCAAGCACUUUAUUACCAGCAUUGAUUGUUCCGGAAUAAGAAAAAUUGUUGUUAAAAAUGUUCCAAAAUAGUGCUGCUAAACUUUUGAUGCCCGCUGUGCGUGGAGUAUGGCAAAAGCGAUGCCAAUCGGUUGUUUCGGGUCCACCAACACAACACGUCUCCACAGCGGAGAAAGUGAUUCUUGGUGGUGGCAUGUGCGUUGCAGCUAUGUUCAUUCCGGCUUGGGUGCUUCUCCACAUCCGUGAAUAUAGAGGCCUCAAGUAAGAUGAGCUGCUGGAUUGCGUUAAAAUAGAUAAAAUAAUUGCUUCUAAAUUGAAUUGUCAAAGUUAAUAGAAUGCAUUAAAAGCGCUAAACAAUAAAUUAUUGUAAAUAAA